AGAAUUGAAUUUGAAGUAGACUUCCCUGCAAACUUUAAUAUUUAUUUGAAUCGUCACGCACACUCAAAGAACUUGCACCUUUUCACUGUUCCCCCUUAGCUGUAACCCUGUACACUGAUGUUGUCAUAUCAUGACUGAGCCCUCUGAAAGCUGGAUUAAUUAAUAAGAAUGCGUGGGUCACUUCAAACUUCGAUCGAGGGAGGAACCCUUUAACUAAACUUAUAAUAUGACGCAUCAGAACGCACUUGCAGGGCAAAAACUGCAACGCUACAGCUCUACCCAUUUUUAGAUGCAGCAAAAGAAAGCAAAUUAAAUUGAGGAAAAUGCCUUUGUGGUUGGUUGCGUGACAAAAGAACUGAGAUUUCGUCCUUUCGUGAGAGCAAGUCUGAUGAUAGGAGAUUUUACAUAUUUUGUUCCACAAAGACGCUUCAUCUGAGAACAUGUUCAAAGAAAGAUCGUGCGUCAUGGAUUGAGGCUUUGGUCUCGUCAAGAAGUGCAUAUUCCCUGAGAUCACUGAGCAAUAGUAUAUCGUUUACCCAGAAUGACAUAUCCGUUUCGACUAACAAGCUUAGAGAUCGUAUGCAUAAUGAGGGACUUGGUGAGACGCUUAUCAAGGACUGUGAGCGAAUCAUGCAGUCUGAAUUUUCCCACUUCCACCACCAAUUAAAGUGUCAUUAUGAAGAACAAUUAAAUUUUCUUGGAACAUUUCAACAGAAUUUUGAGGAGCUUAAUAUAGAAGAUGAGACCACAACAAUCCAUGGGGGACUACUGCGAUUGGUGAAAAAUGAAUCUUCUAACUCGGGGCAUGGAAAAUACAGUGAAUGCAGUACAACGGAAUCACCUGAUGAUGCUGAAAAGCAAGAGUUCGAUGAAUCCUCAGAUGAAGAUGUAGCUGCUUUCUUCGACACAAAGGAAAGAUUUAGUGAUUAUAAUGGCAAUUCUCCCCCUAUAGCAAAGUUUACAGAAAGUGUAAAUAAGAAUUGUGCCAACGGGGCUAGCUCAUGCGGCAAAGAGAUGACACACUUUGAGGGAGAACACAACAUUCACUAUAAUUUUCCUCAAGUUGAAAGGAGAAACGCAUUACCUGAACCUAUUGAGAAGGAGAGAAGUGUUAGCCUGUGGUCAAUGAUCAAAGAUAAUGUGGGAAAAGAUCUCACACGUGUGUGCCUGCCAGUGUACUUCAAUGAACCACUAUCAUCCCUCCAGAAGUGCUUUGAGGAAUUGGAGUAUUCUUAUCUCUUGGAUCAGGCUUACCAAUAUGGUAAAAUGGGGAACAGUAUUAUGAGAAUUUUGAAUGUAGCUGCCUUUGCAGUCUCAGCAUAUGCUUCUUCUGAUGGCCGUCACCGCAAACCUUUCAACCCCCUGCUGGGCGAGACUUAUGAAGCUGAGUAUCCAGAGAAAGGGAUCCGCUUUUUCUCAGAGAAGGUUAGCCAUUACCCCAUGGUUAUUGCUUGCCAUUGUGAGGGCAAGGGCUGGAAAUUUUGGGGCGACAGCAAUCUGAGGUCAAAAUUUUGGGGCCGUUCUAUCCAGUUGGAUCCUGUUGGUACAUUGACAUUGGAAUUUGAUGAUGGUGAAAUAUUUACGUGGAGUAAGGUCACCACAAACAUUUACAAUCUUAUUCUUGGGAAGCUGUACUGUGAGCACCAUGGAAUUAUGACUAUACAAGGAAAUCGCGACUAUUCUUGUAAGCUCAAGUUCAAAGAGCAGUCUCUUCUUGACCGCAAUCCUCGCCAAGUUCAAGGCUUUGUUGAGGAUGCCAUGGGAGCUAAAGUUGCUUCUUUGAUGGGAAAAUGGGAUGACAGCAUGUACUACACAAUAGGAGGUGGUGUUUCUAAGGUCAGAGGUUCUAAUCAAACAAGCAAUGCCUCCUUGUUGUGGAAAAGAAGUGAUCCUACUCUUCAUCCCAACCGAUACAACCUAUCAUCAUUCGCCAUUACCCUCAAUGAGCUAAAACCAGAGUUGAAGGAGAAGCUUCCGCCAACAGAUUCGAGACUCCGACCAGAUCAACGCCAUUUAGAAAAUGGAGAAUAUGAAAAGGCAAAUGCAGAAAAACUAAGAUUGGAGCAAAGACAACGAAUGUCGAGAAAGUUGCAAGAGAACGGAUGGAAGCCUAGAUGGUUCCAACAAGACAGAGAAGAUGGAACUUUUCGUUAUGUUGGGGGAUAUUGGGAAUCAAGAGAGAAGAAGGAAUGGGACGGAUGCACGAAUAUUUAUGGCGAACUUUAAAAUUUCUCCACACUGUUCAAAGGAUAGCAUUACCCAGUGAUGAGAUCGAUUUUUAAUUGGAAGGUAUUGGUGUGAUGCCCGUGCAAGUAUUUUGCAUAUGCGCGGGCAUGCCAGCACAGAAAAGAAAUGGUGACGCGCAGCAAAAUUCAAAAUGAUACGGGGGGAAUUCAAAUUGAUAAAAAACCCAAAAUGAGUGUUGAAUGUCCUAAACAUUUUCGACAUGAUGCUAGGAGUGCCUGCGAUAUAGGAAUCAUAUAAACAUGUAAUUUACUUGAUUUCAGUUUCUUUGUUCAAGAACCGAACUUUAUUGAGGAGCACGACAUUUUUUUACUUUGUACUGCAGAUUUAUCAUUGAUAAUUACAUACUGUGGUCACGAACACUGUUUCAAUUCUUUUUAUCCCUUCUCCCUGUUGUUAGAAUUGCAUACAUUUAUUUUCCAGCUCUGUUCAAGUUUUUUGUGAUGCAUGUUUCUUGUAAUGGAAUUUGUAAUAUGUAAAAUUUGAUACUCAGAUGUAAGACAUUGUGGUGUUUCUGUA